AUGUCGCGGUUACUUUCCUCGGCCUUGUCGCUGCGUCGCGAUCCUCGCAUGCUCAAAGCCCCCCCUUACCUGUCCUUUGCCUGCAUCCUCAUCGGCCUCAUCUGGCUCCUGGUCCUCCCGCUCGACGAAUAUUCCCGACGAACCUACAUAUCCGAAAAUGCUCUGCUCCCUGGCCAGGUCCACACGUACUUUGGAGGUAGCGAACAGCAUGUCUUCCGGGCUUACAAGGAAGAGGUGGCAGCCCUUAGCGGCAAGGAUACCCACGAGAUAAACAACAGCAUCGAGGAGAUUCUCAAGGGUUUUGGUGUCAAGGUUGGCCGCCAGAGCUACACGUACGGCGCGGCUGGGGGGGCUCACUCGGGCGAGAACGUAUAUGGUAUCCUGCAAGCUCCUCGGGGUGAUGCGACCGAGGCCAUUGUUCUCGUCUGUCCCUGGAAGACUAUUGACGGCAGCGAGAACCGCGUGGGCGUGGCUCUUUCGCUGACACUGGCUCGGUAUUUCAAACGCUGGUCACUAUGGUCCAAGGAUAUCAUCCUUCUCUUCCCUCCGGAGCCAAAGGUCGGUACACAGGCUUGGGUUGAUGCGUACCACGACGCUCAUGACCCGAGGCACGUGUCUCCCUUGCCUCUCAAGUCUGGAGCUUUGCAGGGCGCCUUGGCCAUCGACUACCCCUCGGACCAUCAUUUCUCAACCCUGCACAUCAUCUACGAUGGCGUCAAUGGCCAGCUGCCCAACCUGGAUCUUAUCAAUGCGGUUGGCUGGAUUGCUGGCAACCAGAUGGGCAUUCCCAGCUUCAUCCAGGGCCAGUAUAACCACCAAAACUCAUACCAGGACCGCCUCAAGACCAUGUUCCGUGGUAUGCUCAGCCAGGGACUCGGCAAUGUCGCCGGUGCACACAGCUCCUUCAUCCCAUACCACGUCGACGCCGUCACCUUGCAGCCCUGGGGAAUGGGCCACCAGGAUGAGAUGGCAAUGGGCCGCGUCAUUGAGGGAUCGUUCCGAAGUUUGAACAACCUGCUUGAACACUUGCACCAGAGUUUCUUCUUCUAUCUACUGAUGAGCAGAGAUCGGUUUGUCAGCAUUGGAACCUAUCUCCCGAGUGCCAUGCUGUUGGCCGCCAACUUCACCAUCAUGGCAAUAUUCCUGUGGGUGAAGAGCGGCCAAGCUCCUGAAAGUGAGGGCGCCAACUCCAAGGAGAAGACCACCGCACUCGACACCUCCAACACUGUGGAGAGGGACAUGCUCCUUCCUGCGGCCAUCGUCGCGGGGAGCCAUGCUCUUGGCAUGAUCCCCCUCUUCAUCUUCAGCCGUCUGCCAGGCGACGCCCUCCCACAUGCAUUUGCCAUCUUCUCCGGCAUCUCCAUCGUACUCCCCCUGAUAGUCUCCCACCUCCUGACAUCCUUCUACAAGCCGACCGUGCAGCAAUCCCAGCUCACCAAGUCCUUCUCCCUCCUCGUCCUCGGCCUGUCCCUCUCCACGCUGGCCACGCUCAACUUCUCCCUCUCCUUCAUCAUCGGCCUCCUCGCCACCCCCCUGUCCUUCGUCCAGCCGACCAAGUCCCAGCCCCUGAGGUGGGCCUUCGCCGCCUUGCUGAGCCUCAUUGCUCCCCCGACCAUCGCGUACACGGCCGCGAUGACCGCUGGCGCCGACGUCGGGGACCUGCUUAGGGACGCCAGCUUUGGGUGGAACGUCCUCGGAGUGUACACCCCCGUCGCCAUCUGGGGCGUGUGGUGGCCGGCCUGGACUGUAGGGACGGUCAACGUUCUGGGGUUUGCGGCCGCAUAG